CGCGGGGGCGCGCGCGGGCGCGGCGGCGAGCGGAGCCGGGGCCGGAGCGGGAGCGGGAGCCGGGCAGAGCCGCGGCGCGCCACGCCGAGCGGAGCCAGCGCAGCCCCCAGCCGGCCCGGGCGAGCCCAGCCGCCGCCGCGAUGCUGGACCCGUCGUCCAGCGAGGAGGAGUCGGAGGAGCUGGUGGAGGAGGAGAGCGGGAAGGAGCCGCUGGCGCCCGCCGCGGCGCGGCUCUCGCCCAGCCGCCCCGGCGAGGGCCCGGGCGGCGGUGGCGGCGGCGGAGCCGGCAGCGGCGGCGGCGGCGGGGGGCUGCAGCCGGGUGGGCGCGGCGGCGGCGCUGCGCGGCCCGCCAGCCCCAGCCCCUCGGUGGCCAGCGAGAAGGAGAAGGACGAGCUGGAACGGCUGCAGCGGGAGGAGGAGGAGAGGAAGAGGAAGCUGCAGCUCUACGUCUUCGUCAUGCGCUGCAUCGCCUACCCCUUCAACGCCAAGCAGCCCACCGACAUGGCCCGCCGGCAGCAGAAGAUAAGUAAGCAGCAACUCCAGACAAUCAAAGAUCGUUUCCAGGCCUUUCUCAAUGGAGAAACCCAGAUUGUGGCAGAUGAAGCAUUUAUAAACGCUGUCCAGAGCUACUACGAGGUAUUCCUGAAAAGCGACCGUGUUGCUAGGAUGGUGCAGAGUGGAGGGUGCUCAGCAAAUGACUCCCGGGAGGUCUUCAAGAAGCACAUUGAGAAAAGAGUGCGCAGCCUGCCAGAAAUUGAUGGCCUCAGCAAGGAGACAGUCCUGAGCUCUUGGAUGGCAAAGUUUGAUGCUAUUUACCGUGGGGAAGAGGAUCCCCGCAAGCAGCAGGCCAGGAUGACGGCGAGCGCUGCCUCGGAGCUCAUCCUCAGCAAGGAGCAGCUCUACGAGAUGUUCCAGAACAUUUUGGGGAUCAAGAAAUUUGAGCAUCAGCUUCUAUACAACGCAUGUCAGCUGGACAACCCAGAUGAGCAAGCAGCACAGAUCAGACGCGAGUUAGAUGGUCGUCUCCAAAUGGCAGAGCAAAUUGCCAAGGAGCGCAAGUUUCCGAAGUUUGUGUCCAAGGAAAUGGAAAACAUGUACAUUGAGGAGCUGAAAUCGUCCGUCAAUCUCCUGAUGGCAAACUUAGAGAGCAUGCCUGUGUCUAAAGGAGGCUCAGAGUUCAAGCUGCAGAAGCUGAAACGUAGUCACAACACCUCAAUAAUUGACAUGGGAGAAGAAAAUGAGAACCAGCUUUCCAAGUCGGACGUCGUGUUGUCGUUCUCACUGGAGGUUGUCAUCAUGGAGGUGCAGGGUCUGAAGUCGCUGGCCCCCAACCGUAUUGUGUACUGCACCAUGGAAGUUGAAGGUGGAGAGAAACUGCAGACUGACCAGGCUGAAGCCUCAAAGCCAACCUGGGGCACCCAAGGAGACUUCACAACAACACACGCUCUUCCUGCAGUGAAGGUGAAGCUGUUCACGGAGAGCACAGGAGUGCUGGCUCUGGAGGACAAAGAGCUCGGGAGGGUUGUUCUCCACCCUACUCCCAAUAGCCCAAAGCAAUCAGAGUGGCACAAAAUGACUGUUUCCAAAAACUGCCCGGAUCAAGACCUGAAGAUCAAGCUUGCCGUGCGAAUGGAUAAGCCUCAAAACAUGAAACACUCCGGGUAUUUAUGGGCCAUUGGUAAAAAUGUUUGGAAGAGAUGGAAGAAACGAUUCUUUGUCCUGGUCCAGGUUAGUCAAUAUACAUUUGCUAUGUGCAGCUACCGGGAGAAAAAAGCUGAACCUCAAGAGCUGCUGCAGCUCGACGGAUACACUGUGGACUACACCGACCCGCAGCCAGGUUUGGAGGGCGGCAGAGCAUUCUUCAACGCUGUGAAGGAAGGAGACACGGUGAUUUUUGCCAGUGAUGAUGAGCAGGACCGUAUCCUGUGGGUCCAAGCCAUGUACCGAGCCACCGGCCAGUCUCACAAACCUGUGCCGCCUACCCAAGUGCAAAAGCUAAAUGCUAAAGGAGGAAAUGUACCCCAGCUAGAUGCCCCAAUCUCUCAAUUUUAUGCAGAUAGAGCUCAAAAGCAUGGCAUGGAUGAAUUUAUCUCUUCCAAUCCCUGUAACUUUGACCACGCUUCACUCUUUGAGAUGGUUCAGCGCCUCACUUUGGACCACAGACUUAAUGAUUCCUAUUCUUGUCUGGGCUGGUUUAGUCCUGGCCAGGUCUUUGUGCUAGAUGAGUAUUGUGCACGUAAUGGAGUGAGAGGCUGUCACAGACAUCUCUGCUACCUCAGAGAUUUGCUAGAGCGCGCAGAAAACGGAGCUAUGAUUGACCCCACCUUACUUCACUACAGCUUUGCCUUUUGUGCAUCACAUGUUCAUGGCAACAGCCAACACAUGGCAGAAUUACUUGGUGGGUCACAGCCAAGUGCAGACGGCGAGGGGGGCAAAGCGUCUCAUGCCUCUGCCGCUGAAGCGGAGACAAAAAAGGAUUCCAAAAAGGAGUCCAAAAAAAGGAAAGAUUCCAAAUCCCAGCCGAAUCCAGAGCCGAAAAGGCCUGACGGCAUAGGAACUGUGACUGUGGAUGAGAAAGAACGUUUUGAAGAGAUCAAGGAGCGGCUUCGUUUGCUUCUGGAGAAUCAGAUCACGCAUUUUAGGUACUGCUUUCCAUUUGGCCGUCCAGAAGGUGCACUAAAAGCUACUCUAUCGCUGCUGGAAAGGGUUCUGAUGAAAGACAUAGUUACUCCGGUCCCUCAAGAGGAGGUAAAAACUGUCAUCCGUAAAUGCUUGGAGCAAGCAGCUCUAGUCAAUUAUACUCGACUAUCAGAGUAUGCCAAAAUUGAAGAGAAUCAAAAGGACGCAGCCCGUCCGUCCAAGCCUAAGCCACCGGCUGGGCCACCAUCAUCUCCUCAAACGCAGACUAACAUGAUAAAUCACAUGCUCAAAGGCAUGGCCAAACAGCCGCCAAAAAAUGUAGGCCGGUUAGUCACACCAGCUAAAAAAUUAGAAGAUACAAUACGUCUGGCAGAGUUGGUAAUUGAAGUCCUACAGCAAAACGAAGAACACCAUGCGGAGGCCUUUGCUUGGUGGUCAGACUUAAUGGUCGAGCAUGCGGAGACCUUCCUGUCACUGUUUGCAGUGGAUAUGGAUGCUGCGUUAGAGGUGCAACCCCCAGACACCUGGGACAGCUUUCCGCUCUUUCAGCUUCUAAACGAUUCCCUCCGUAGUGACUAUAAUUUGUGCAAUGGAAAAUUCCACAAACACCUCCAAGACCUGUUUGCUCCACUUGUUGUUAGAUAUGUCGAUCUGAUGGAGUCCUCAAUUGCACAGUCAAUUCACAGGGGCUUUGAGCGGGAGUCAUGGGAGCCAGUAAAGAGUUUAACAAGUAAUCUGCCCAAUGUGAAUCUACCAAAUGUGAAUCUCCCUAAAGUACCAAAUCUACCAGUUAACAUCCCACUAGGCAUCCCACAAAUGCCUAGCUUUUCUGCACCGUCAUGGAUGGCUGCUAUUUAUGAUUCUGACAAUGGAUCAGGCACCUCGGAAGAUCUGUUCUGGAAACUUGAUGCCCUACAGACCUUCAUUCGGGAUUUGCACUGGCCUGAGGAGGAGUUUGGAAAACACCUGGAGCAACGCUUGAAGCUUAUGGCAAGUGACAUGAUCGAGUCCUGCGUGAAAAGAACCAGGAUUGCAUUUGAAGUAAAGCUGCAGAAAACCAGCCGAUCAACAGAUUUCCGAGUCCCUCAAUCAAUAUGCACCAUGUUUAAUGUCAUGGUGGAUGCCAAAGCUCAGUCAACAAAGCUUUGCAGUAUGGAAAUGGGCCAAGAGUUUGCUAAAGAGUGGCACCAGUACCAUUCAAAAAUAGAUGAACUAAUUGAGGAAACCGUCAAAGAAAUGAUAACACUCCUAGUGGCAAAGUUUGUCACCAUUUUGGAAGGAGUCUUGGCCAAACUGUCUAGAUACGAUGAAGGAACUUUGUUUUCUUCUUUCCUGUCAUUUACUGUGAAGGCUGCUUCCAAAUACGUGGAUGUACCCAAGCCGGGGAUGGAUGUUGCUGAUGCCUAUGUGACAUUUGUCCGCCACUCUCAGGAUGUCCUGCGUGAUAAGGUCAAUGAGGAGAUGUAUAUAGAAAGGUUAUUUGAUCAAUGGUACACCAGCUCGAUGAAUGUUGUCUGCACCUGGCUGACAGACCGCAUGGACCUGCAACUUCACAUUUACCAACUGAAAACUCUCAUUAGGAUAGUAAAGAAAACGUACCGGGAUUUCCGAUUGCAAGGCGUGCUGGAUUCCACCUUAAACAACAAAACCUACGAGACCAUCCGGAACCGGCUGACGGUAGAGGAGGCCACGGCGUCAGUCAGCGAAGGCGGAGGGCUCCAGGGGAUCACCAUGAAGGACAGCGAUGAAGAAGAUGAAGAGGAUGACUAGGGAAGCUGGCCCGGAGGACCGGCCGGGGUUGCCUGGUAUCCGUGCAUGUACCUCGUCUGUAACUCAGUUAGCCACAUUAGGAAUUUUUAUGUCAGCUCUAAAUGCCCAUGAGAAGUUUACCAAUACAAAUGCCAUGUUAGCUGUGUGGUAAUAAGAUUAGCACCUCUCUUUGAUUCAUCGGUUUCCUAAUUUCAUAACUAUUUGUUCAUAAGCAAUAUGGAGCACCAUUGUUUAAUACUGUUAAUGGAGAAACUACAUAGAAAACAUGCUAGGUGUGUCCCUGUUAUAAUUAAAGUUUAAACAAUGCUUCAUUAAUGUACUGUAUAUACAUUGAUGGUAAAUUGUUGUGAAGAUGAGUGAAUCGAGUCCUUUCAUUUCUUUGUUUCUCUUCUGUGGAUGCCAACUGCUUAAAAUUAAUAAAAAAUCAGCUUUGUUUUUAAAAGAAGAACAAGGCAAUUACAAAUGAUUUUUUGUUCUCUCUGUUCAUUUAAAAACCAGAAAACAAACAAACCCAGACAGCCGUUUGAAUCAUUCUGCAUCCUUGUUAAUGUACCAGGCUCUUCCCUUCAAUAUGCAGUUAACUCCAUAGAGGCUACAUCCCAAAGGAUUAGUCAUUCUAAUUGCCACACCAGAUUAAUCCUAUCAUUAUGGAUAUAUCAUGCCACAUUACAAGUCCAAAGCAGUUGUUUUAUGUUGACGUUUGCUCCUCUAAAUGUUACAUUUUUGUUUAAAUUUCAAAUAACAGUGUAUGUACAAAGACAACUUUAAUUACAAUCUUAGACUAUACAAAUGUGUUUAUAAUAAUAUAUUGAAUAUUUAUUUCAGUAGAUUGUAACCUUAAUUUACAAUUCCUCUGUUUCACAAUGGUUUUUAUAUAUGUCAUGUACAUUGCAUUUUGACCAGUAACUGCAUGUCCAUCAGUCCCUCCUCCAGAGCUUUUACUUUCUGUGUAAAAUAGUGAUCCAUCUUGCUUUUUUUGCCUUAUACAAGCCGACAGUUGUAAAAGUGUGAGAACUGUGGCUUCUCAAUAAAUAACUAUUCAGAUGUCCUAAGAAUAAAUUAUGGAGUCUUUUUAUGUCUGCCUUAGAAAAAAAAAAAAAAAUACAAGCUGAGAUGUAAGAGCCCCCACCUCUCAGAAUAAAGGCAUUUUCUUUUCUCA